AUGCGUCAUGAAAUCAUCAGAAUGAUACUUCAAAGAUUAGGCGCUGUAGAAAUACUCAUCAGCGCACAGAAAGUAUGCACAACAUGGCGGAAGAUUUGCAAGGAUCCUCCAAUGUGGAAGGUAAUCGAUCUGCACCAGUCCUUUGAAUUUGAUGCUUGGGAUGUGGAUCACGAUAUCGAUAAUCUGGCUAGGCAGGCAGUACUUCGAAGCUGUUGGGAAUUGAUCGAUAUUAGUAUCGGGUGCUUUGGCACCGACGAUCUCUUUGAAUACAUUUCACGAUGCAUGGAAGCAAUCAUUGAUUUUCACUUUGUUGAGGUGUAUGCAAAGAAUCAAGGAGUGGCAAUUAAUAGAGAAUGCAUCAAUGAUAGAUCUGAACAGUCUUCGCUUUUUACGAACUGCGACAACAUUAUGACAAGAGGGUUGACUCAAGUGCUCAAAAGGCUGCCACAUUUGGAGACACUUCACCUUGUCAACAUUUCUAUCCAUUCAGACGACAUCGAAGUUAUUGGACGAAGUUGCCCUCAGCUGAAGUCCUUCAUGAAGAAGACACAUUACAUAGAAUAUGGUGCUGAUGCCCUUGCCAUUGCGAAUAAUAUGGCGGCAUUACACCAUUUGCAGCUGUUUGGUUGCGCAAUACCCGAUGAUUGUCUCCAUCCCAUUCUUCAUGGCUGCCCUCACCUUGAAUCUUUUGACAUUUGUGGCUGUUUUUACCUUCUUCUUGACGGGAAUUUAGAAGAGAUGUGCAUAGAGCGGAUCAAAGAUUUCAAGUUUAUGUUAUAUAACCUCCCAAUAGAUAAGUAUGAAUUCUCUGAUAUAGAUUUAUAUGAUUACAAAGACUGUGACUCCUCUGCUAUGGAUUUAUCUGAUUAUGAAGACUAUGAAUUCUCUGGUAGCAGCGCAAUUUCUGCAGAAGAAGACAGUGAUUACUAUUUCCUAUGA